AUGAGCUUGACUGCUUCUCGCUUGAUUCAGCUCGAAUGGCAGCAACGACUCGCAGCAUCAAUGGGAUCACACGCAAAUAGUCAAGCCUCGCCAAUAUCAGAUCGACAAUCAGCUCAGAUCUCCCCAACCGACGAACUCCAAGUCGAAACGCCUUGCGAGGUCGAGCACAAAUUCUUGAACGAAGAUAGUGUCACACUCGACUACUUGGCAGAGCUCGAUGAGUUCACGCUCGUCGCUCCUGCUGGCAUAUCGCUCGUACCCAUCAGCGCGCCCAAUGGAGGAAGAAUGGAUUCAGGGCAAGCUCGGCAAUCCCGCACUUCGCUCAGACUGGGUCAUCGUCGCCGCAGCAGCGCAGUGAUCAUCAAGUCUGUCCUUGUCAAGCUCAAGAACAGGCUCAGUUCGAGACCGACAUCCUCGUCGCAUCUCUCAAUGCCGGUGCCUGACGAAGAGCUUGGCUCACCGGCAGGGCCAACUCUCACUUCUAGAUUGAGCUCGCAGGGGAUCUUGCGUCACUCGAGAUCAUUUUCGCAACCUGUCUUCUCCGCGCGGGAGGCAGGCACGGUCAAAUUCGAGAUGCACAGUCACAAGCAUCGCUCGCUCAACUCGAUAAUCCCCAUCGACGGUGGACCCGGCGCAGCACCACUGUCGGUAUCGACGCGCUAUUCGAUGCCAGACUACCUCUCUGUAGCACCGUCUAUGCUUCUUGAGGGAUCACAUGCGCAUAUCGAGCAUCUUCAUCCACCAGAAAGGCACUCUUCGCUGCCCAUCUCGGUUGCAAGACGCGUCAGUCACGCAACACUCACAAAAGGUCUCAAGCGUGCGCCGAGUCAGCCAAUGAUCUCAAAGCCUCUGCGUAAAGCGUCGCAAGUGGACUUGGCUCCCAAGCAUCCAGAACUCGAUCUGUCGAUCUCGCCUGGCGCUCAAGGCGGCUGCGGCAAAACACUGCCAACGCGCCCUCUCGUCCGCGGAAGAGAUCCUGCAUUUCCAGUCAACCGCCCCACCAUCACAAAGAGACGUCGACUAUCUGGCCUGCCUACGUCAGCACGACCAUUUGCUGUUCAGCCGGUCCCGUCGGACAACGUGUUCGAUCACUACGGCAUCGGCGAGACCGAAGAGGCGAGAGAAGAGCUAUGUAUUCGCCAUCACCGCGAUUUUGAACUGCGCGCCAAGCCGGCUGCAGGCGACCUGGCAUCCAGACGAGAUGGCCCGCUACCUGCGCUAAAUCUGGGUACCUUGCCGGGCGCGCUGGGCUCAGACACGGCGCAGGCAGCUAUGAGCGGCUCUGGCAGCUCGUCUAAAGUCCUUGAGCUCAUGGGCGACGGCCCGGCAACGCCUAGCGAAAUAGACGAGGCUAGCCAUGCCAAUUUCUGGUCGGGCAGGAAGGCUAGUCAUGCAAAGAGCGCAAGAGAUGGCUCACCUUCAGCCUCGCGAAGGACCUCGCGAGCACAGAGCGGAAGUCUACGCCCGCUGGAAGCCAAUUCGCCUUCCAAUGGAGACCGGCGAACGUCUGCGUUCCCGCAUCUGCAUAUGUCGCCUAAACGGCGCAAGCCAUCCGACAACACAGCGAUGCCAGGCGGGCCUGUGGACAGUCUGAGAAAGUCAAUGGACGAUGGCACAUCACCUCGAGCAAGCUUCAGCGCGUCAAUGCCUCCGAAGACUGCGCCCGAUGCCAUCAAACCGUUUGCAGCCUCACCGACGGACAGCUCGAAACUGGCCAGGCCUGCUUUCAGCCUUCGCACCGAAUCCUCGGACAAGAUAGCCACCUUUCGUGCGCUCAAGGUGCAGCAUGCGACACAACAAGCGCAUGGCAUGCCCUUGGGUGCACCAUUAUAUAGCCCGGGCGAUACAUCUGCGCCGCUUCCGGGCGACCUUUCGCCUCGCGCGAUGGAUGACUCGUGGCUUGGUCGCACCCCGGGUCAGCGAUCCCUAUCGAUUGCUUCGAUCUUGUCAGAAAGCGAGGCUAGCCUGGGUACUGCUUCGCCUAAUAGUCAGCAGCGCGUCAGCAACUAUCCUGCCGAAACGCCCAGUGCUGGCGAGAUGAAAGACAUCGUGCCAUUCCUUUAUCCCGAGCCAGAAGAGCUGUCACCCACCGAGUUGUCACGCUCGCGACACGCAUCUAUAUCACAGCAAGCGAUCAAACGCCCCAGUCUUAUGCGCAAUGGCAAAUCGUCCUCGAGACUCAACAUUGAGCCCCUUGACUUGUCAGGCGCAGGCGCAAAAGCUCACAAGCGAGGACUGCUCGCCAUGCUGCGACGCAAGAGCAGUGCAAAAGACGCCCUCCAUGACUCUUUCCGAACGGCCGGCGGCUCCUUCUCAUCCAUCACUUCUGGUAUCGCUCCAGAAGAUCAAUCUAGACGCAAUUCGCCGCCUAAGCUCGUGCCAAGAACGCAAGAGCUGCGGAGCAAGCGGAAAUCAGGCAAAGAGAGGCAAGACAGUCUUUCGGUUCCACCAAACAAUGGCAUGUCGCUGGAUACAAAUCUCUCGUCAAUGGAUGGCAUCAUCAAUUUUGAUGCGACCCCACGCUCAGCGUCCCGCGACAUGGAUGGCAUCCCGCCUUCACGUACAGGCUCAUUUCUCGAUAAACCUUAUCCUCCUGGCCGACGAAGGCCUUCAACAGCCCCUUCAUUGCCCGCGCCCAGCGAGGGCGCUGCUGUCUUCACCUUAGCCGAUACCCGUUCCCGCAAAGCGCCUGCUCUAGCGGGCGAUGGCAUCUGGCAAGCUGGCUAUGGAACGACUUUUGGGGGUAUCGUAGGCAAGGACACACCAUCCACGCAAACGCGCAGACCGUCAUACGUCUCUUCGGAUGGCAAUGGCGCAACCGAUAUUCGGCGAGGCUCGACAUCGACCAUGACGAGCGUAUCGGGCGUUGGCGGUGUAGAUUUGGCGAGCAAGCCAGGUAACUUCGUGCCUGGUGCCGCAUGGACUGCACCAGAGAGCUGGGCAGUCAAGGGCGACCUUGUGCCUGAUGCGGAUUCCACUGAUUCUGACGAGAUUGGCGACGAUGACGGCGAGGGCGAAGAAAAGCAGGACAAAGACCAGCCCGGGGAUCUGGACGCAUCCGUUAUCAGCUUGCCUGCAGCUUCACGCAUUGCCACAAGGCGAGGCAGCGCAAUCAGUCUCAGAGGACAGUCCAGCGGUCGUGUUGAUGGAUCGACCAAGCGACCUAGCACCGGAACGAGCACAGUUUUCCGCAUGCCGAAUUUCACGAUACGCGUCUACAAGGCUGAUCAGGUGCACGCGACGAUCUCUGCGCCCGUCAGCACGACCGCACACGAAUUACAAACAAUGAUAGCCCGACGUCCAGGCUUCGUCACGCUCAAGGGAGCCAGCUACAAGAUCUUUAUUCGCGAGCAUGGCCUAGAGCGAGUCAUGGCUGGUACUGAACGGCCUUUGCUGCUUCAAAGGCGCAGACUGGAGCAGGCAGGCUACGCGGACAUCGAUCGGCCUGAGGAUCUAGGACGCGAGGAUCAUAGCUACCUUUGCAAAUUCUCUUUUAAGGCAGAGACAGCUUUCACGUUCGAAGCUGCUGAAGAGACGUGGGAAGGCUUUCAGUAUAUCGAUCUGCAAGCACGCAGUCUCUCGACCGUGCCAAUCUUCCUUUACCGGCAUGCGCAUGAGAUCGUCAGCCUCAAUCUGUCCAGGAAUCCUAAGAUCGAUUUGCCUGCCGACUUUGUCCAGCUAUGCACGAACCUGCGCGAGCUGAGACUGUCGAACCUGACGAUCAAGAAGCUGCCGCAGAGUAUCAGAGAAUGCCCUAGCUUGACUCGACUAGAUGCGUCUAACAAUCGCAUCGUCGAACUUGAUCAUAUCCAGUUGGACGAGGUGACUGAGCUGACGUCGCUCAAGUUCCACAAUAAUCGCUUGUGGUCGCUACCGGCCUAUUUCAGCAAGAUAACUGGGCUCAAAUAUCUCAACAUUUCCAACAACAAGUUUGACACAUUUCCACCCGUUAUCGCAUCUCUCGUCUCACUCGUAGACUUGGACGUCUCCUUCAAUCUUUUGACGGAGUUGCCAGAGAGCAUGGCAGAUCUGCUGCAGCUGCAGCGCCUGAUUAUAAGCGGCAAUGCCAUCGCACGCUUACCGGCAUCGUUUGCAAAGCUUGUCGAAUUGCGCGAGUUAGACUGUCGACGGAACAUACUCGAGGAUCUGUCCGUGUUGGCUGGCAUGCCAAAACUCGAGACUCUGCGAUGUGAGCACAAUCAGAUCACAUCCCUCAGCUUGGACUCGCCCGCAAUGCUUGCGUUGGAAGCUGCCCAUAAUGCCAUUACGAAGAUUGCGCUCGUCCAGAUGGCUUCCAGCCUUACUUCUAUCAAUCUGUCGCAUGCCAAGCUGACGAGUCUGGACGACAUAUUCUUCCGGGAGCUGAAGUCGCUCACUGCGCUCGUCCUCGAUAACAACCAACUCAAGACCUUGUCAGAGUCAUUGACUGAACUCGAGCGACUUGCAAGCUUCUCUUGCCGCAACAAUCUGCUCGAGGCAUUGCCUGAGUCUAUUGGCAAUCUAGUGCAUUUGACGCAUCUCGACGUAUCGCGCAAUGAUCUGUCAGCGCUGCCCUCAUCCAUCUGGCUAUGCCCUGAGAUUGUCUCGCUGACUGCGUGCUCCAAUCUAUUGACGACCCUGCCGGAUGUACCAUCGCCAGUCGAAGCAGAGGGCGAACGGAAGCAAAGUGUCGCCGCGGGCGGCCGAGAAAAGCCCCCUAUGGCACUCUCGCUGCAGAAGCUGUAUCUUGCCGACAAUCAGCUUCCUGACGGAACCUUGGCGGCAGUUGCUACCAUCUCCGAGCUGCGCGUGCUCAACUUAUCCUUCAACGAGAUCUAUGAGCUGAAGCGAGGAAGUCUGUCCAAGCUGAAACUCCUCGAAGAACUCUAUCUUAGCGGCAACGAACUCACGACACUCCCAGAAGAAGAUUUUGCCCGUUUGACUGAUUUGCGCAUCCUCUUCCUCAACGGCAACAAGCUACAAACGUUACCGGCCGAGCUUGGAGAGAUUACGCGUCUUGAGGCGCUCGACGUAGGUAAUAACAUGCUGAAGUACAACAUCGCCAAUUGGAGCUAUGAUUGGAAUUGGAAUUGGAAUCUCGAGCUUCGGUAUCUCAAUUUAUCAGGCAAUCAACGCCUGGAGAUCAAGCCAGCAGACGUACGGGCGAUGCAAGCGCAAGACGGGCUGUCUGCAGCCAAGAGACGCAAUCUCAGCAACUUCAACGCACUCCGCAAGCUGCGCAUCCUCGGUCUGAUUGACGUGACGCUUACCAUACCGGUCAUUCCUGACGACACUGAAGAUCGGCGCGUGCGAACGUCGUUAUCAGAGAUCAAUCAGAUGGCAUAUGGCAUCGCUGAUACCCUUGGCAAAGCGCAUAGUCUUGGUAUGGCCGAUCUCGUCGUCCCACGUUUCCGAGGAAAGGAAGACGAGGCGCUCUUCGGUCUUUUCGAUGGGAGAGUGCACACAAACACCGGUGGUUGUCGCCUGGCCAAAUAUCUGCAAGACUGCUUCGCUGCGUCAAUGUCCUUCGAACUCAAUAAGCUUCGCGAGGGCGAGUCAGUGGAAGAGGCAAUGCGGAGGACCUUUCUUAAUAUCAAUCGGGACUAUGGCAACAUUUUGCAGCCGCUCUUUGAUAUCAAGCGCAAAGAGUCUGGCGACAAUGCCGGCGAUCGCGCACUUGCCGUCGGAACCAGCGCAGCGGACGUUCGCAGUGGUGCAUCGGCAGUCGUGGCCUACAUCAGCAAAAAGCAGCUUGUCGUGGCUAAUGUCGGUGACGCGCUAGCUGUGAUAUCUGGUCGAUCAGGAUCAGCGCGAGUCUUGUCCGCCCACCACACGCCGAUGGACCCGGCAGAAACAGCGAAUAUCCGCGCCGCAGAAGGCUGGGUCUCUCCUAAGGGACUCGUCAACGAUGAAGUCGAAGUGUCGCGAUCUUUUGGCUGCUUCCAUGUCUUCCCAGCGAUCAGCGUUCGUCCUGCUGUUUUCACUGUCGACCUUGCAGACACCGACGACUUUGUCAUUCUUGCCAAUCGUGGUCUUUGGGACUAUAUGUCUUAUCAAGGCGCAGUGGAUGUUGCUCGUAGCGAGCGGGCAGAUCCGAUGCUGGCUGCCCAGAAGCUCCGAGAUCUUGCGAUUGGCUAUGGAUCGAAUCAAAACAUCAUGGUCAUGGUAGUGUCGGUCGGCGAUCUCUUCAAGCAGAAGAAGCCACUGUCGCGCGGCAUUGGUGGCGCACAAGCUGCCGGUGAUGACGAUUAUCAGACUGAGCGCAGACGUCGAGGCUUUGGCAACGCGCCAGGCGAGCGCUACCUGACUUUGCUUGAUCGUGAGGUGCCACCACCUGUGGGAACGCUCGCCUUGGUCUUCACCGAUAUCGUCAAUUCGACGUCGCUCUGGGAGACGAAUCCGGGUAUGCAGAUGGCCAUGCGCAUGCACAAUCAGCUCUUGCGUCGUCAGCUGCGCGCUAUCGGAGGCUACGAAGUCAAGACGGAAGGCGAUGCAUUCAUGGUCUCUUUUCCGACUAUAUCAGCCGCCAUGCUGUGGUGCUUCACCGUCCAGCUCGAGCUUUUGCGAGAAGACUGGCCAACAUCAAUUUUGAAUAGUGAGGAUGGCAAGGAGGUGCUUGGCGCCAACGGAGAGAUGCUCUACCGCGGUCUAUCGGUUCGCAUGGGCAUUCACUGGGGUCAGCCGGUAUGCGAGGCAGAUCCCAUCACCCGUCGCAUGGACUACUUUGGCCCUAUGGUGAAUCGAUCCGCUCGUAUCGGCGCCGUCGCCGAUGGCGGUCAGAUUGUCGCGUCCGCAGAUGCUAUCGAGCUCAUCAAAGCGAUGAUCGAUCCCUCAGAUCUCAUUGACGCGCGUAAUGGGUCCGAAGAAGAUGGAGACUGGCAAUCAAAUCUUGACGAGAAGUCUCAGCGCGACAUUCUUGCCAUCCGAAAGAUGGGCUUCGGCAUUACCGAGCUUGGCGAUCGCCGUCUCAAAGGCCUAGAGACGCCCGAAUUCUUGUCCCUGAUCUAUCCCAAGGAGCUUGCGAAUCGAAUCAAAAGUGUCAGUGCUGGCCAGCUUGGUGCGAGCAGCAAACCUGCCGAGAUCUAUGAUCCUAUUCCACAAAUCAUCGACGUCAAUCAUGUUCGCCAACUUGCUUUUAUCUGCUUGCGCCUCGAAGCACUGUCGGCAGGCAAUGCGCCCGAGGCACAGACGGCUUUCAUGAGCCUGCCUGUUGGCGCCUCGCCUCUCGUCGGCGUCAAUAGCCGCGAUCAUUUCCACUACAAGACCCGAGUCCACCCUCACUUGUUGACGUAUCCGACACGAGCAGAUGCAACAGACGAGGAACUUCUUGCCGUUGUCGAAUCGUUGCUUGUCCGAAUCGAAAAUGUCCUGGCGACCUACACGUUACGGCAAUUGGGACCCUAUGCCGACGUGCUCAGCGUCCUGUCGGAGCUCACGCGGCAGGAUCCGAAGUAUGUCUUGCACGCUUUGUCACUCUUUGCACAGACUGCAUGA